CAGCCAAAACUUCAGCACAGUUUGCGCAUUCAGCAAAUCUUUUCUAGCCGGUUGCAAACAAAACAAAUCUUCGUUUAUAAAAGGGCACAGGAUGUCCGUAGUAGUGCUUGAUAAUGGUGCCUACACCGCCAAGGUGGGUCUGGCCACACAUGAUGAGCCUCAGGUGGUGCCCAACUGCAUAAUGAAGGCAAAAAGCGAGCGACGGCGUGCUUUUGUGGGUAAUCAAAUCAAAGAAUGCCGCGACACCUCCGCGCUCUUCUAUAUUCUGGCAUUCCAGCGUGGCUACCUUCUCAACUGGGACACCCAAAAGACCGUAUGGGAUUAUAUAUUCAGCAAGGAAGGCAUAGGCUGCUCGCUGGAAGGACGCACAAUUCUCAUCACGGAGCCACAAAUGAACUUUCAGAGCGUUCAGGAAGCCAUGCUAGAGAUGCUCUUCGAGGAGUAUCGCGUGGCGGGCAUGUACAAGACAACUGCGGCUGAUCUGGCGGCUUUUAAUUAUGUGACAGACAGCGAAGGAUGCCCCUCUGUGGAAGCUCUGAACUGCAUUGUAGUUGAUGUGGGCUAUAGCUUUACCCAUGUAGUACCCUUUGUCCUAGGCAGACGCAUCCAAGAGGGCGUUCGUCGCAUCGAUGUGGGCGGCAAGGCGUUGACCAAUCAGCUGAAGGAACUCAUAUCCUAUCGACACUUAAACGUCAUGGAUGAGAGUCAUGUGGUUAACCAGAUCAAAGAGGAUGUUUGCUUUGUUGCCGAGGAUUUUAAGGAUGCAAUGCGUGUGCAUCAGAGCGAGGAGCGUCGCAAACAGGUCGCCAUUGAGUAUGUUCUGCCGGACUUUACUACAGUAAAACGCGGCUAUAUACGCGUCCCGGGCAAACCACGUGAGGAUGAGGAUCAACAGCAAUUGGUGCCGUUGUGCAAUGAGCGAUUCACUGUGCCCGAACUGCUCUUCAAUCCCUCCGACAUUGGCAUCAAGCAAGUGGGCAUACCAGAGGCCAUUGCGGAUUCCCUAAAGGCAUGCCCCUGGCAGGCCCAUCGUGAUCUUUUACUCAACAUUCUGAUUGUGGGCGGCAGCUCGCAGUUUAAAGGUUUCUUACCCAGACUCAAACGAGAUCUGCGUGCUCUAGUGCCACAUGAUCUAGAGGUGGCACUCAUUUGUCCCGAGGAUCCUGUGCGCUAUGCCUGGUUUGGUGGACGUGAGCUGGCCACCAGUGCCAACUUUGAUGAUCUCGUUUAUACGCGUGAUGAUUAUGAGGAGUUUGGUCUACAAGGACUACUACAGCAGCAGCAGCAAAUGCGUUGAUGUUAAGAACUCCUGGAUGGACUGAUGGUCCAGGAGUGCAAGAACGUAUGUUCAACGAAUAAAUCAGCAUUAGGAAUGUCCUACUGAGACAAAAUAGUCAAAUUGUGCAUUUUUAUGCCCUUUGACUAAUUGAUAGUCCUUACUAAAAGGAUCCUUAUCUGAAUAGAUACCCUUAUAUCGUAAAAUAAGUCUGUCUGCAAAAUUUACAUUAAAAA